UGCUGUUGUAUCUUUUUGGAAUUGUAAGGAAUCUCGACUAGAGACGAUGAACUCAUUGGAAGAUCCAUGGGAGCUGGGAAAACGGGUGAUCAUCGACUUAUUCCGUCUUUCAGACAAUGGCGAUAUAUGUGAGCCGUUGCGAAUCGAGAGGAGGUGGUGGGAUACAGUUGCCGCGAUUAGGAAUGAAGUUAGUCAGUCAACAGGAAUUCCGCAUGAACUGAUUGACAUUAUUUACGAGGGAAGGAAGCUUCCACUGAAUUAUUCUCUUUAUCAGCUUGCAGUCAACAAAAACUACAUCAAGUUGUAUUUUUAUUGCAGAUCAACGAUUGUCGGCUCGGAGUCAUGGAUUCAGGUCGUUAGUACAGUCCCCGUCCUGUCGAGCUUCCGAGAAGCUCUAUACGAUGUGCGGAAUGCUUUUUCAGUAGGUAUCAUACCCGAGCUGGCGUUGUACGGAACGGGAGGAACCUACUUUCUCAAAGAUCGCUACAAAUGGAAUCUUCUUGUAUUUAAACCGGAAGAUGAAGAGCCUUUUGCUGAGCACAAUCCUCGCAACUUCCAAGGAGUCACAGGACAGAGUGGUUUUCGGAAAGGGAUUCGGUCCGGCGAAGGCUGGAAGCGCGAAGUAGCCGCUUAUCUCAUCGAUCACGGACACAUCUUCGCGGUUCCCAGCACCGUCCAGGCCCAUGUUUGCCACCCCUUCUUCACACAACGACAUCCGAAGCUUCGCUUCAAAGUCGGUUCCCUCCAGGAAUUCGUGCAAGACGCAGAUCUCGUGUCGGAUUGGUCCCCUUCCAAAUUUAGCGCUUUUGAAGUCCAGAAAAUCGCCUUUCUGGACAUGUAUUUAAUGAACACGGAUCGAAACGAUGCCAAUAUCAUGGUGUGCAAGAAAAGACAAAUAACCGCGGACGACGCUUUUCUACUCAUUCCUAUCGAUCACGGCUACACGAUGCCUGAUCGGUACGAACUCAACGAGUGGAGCUGGUGCUGGCUCGACUGGAAGCAGAUGAAACGUCCGUGGGACAACCGAAUUGUGGAAUACGCGGCGCAGCUGAACGUGCAGGAAGACGUCCGCCUGCUGAACGAGUCGCUGGGGAUUCGCAAGAUCUGUCUAAUCCUCUUUCGGAUCAGCGGUUUGGUGCUGAAGAUUGGGAUUCAGCACGGUUUGGUUCCCUACGACAUCGCCUCGAUGUACAUUCGGCGCGAUUCGAGUCCGGACGCUCCCUGCGCGCUGGAGAAGCUGGUUCAGGAGUGUGUGGAGAAGCUGCACGUGCUGGAGUUGCUUCAGAAGAUGGGGAAGACGCAGGAGAAUGUGCUGAGUCGCUCGCUGAGCACGCGGCUGGUGGACGAGGCGGAGGAAUCGGAGGAAUCGGAGGAGGAAAAGGCGGAGCGAAAGCGGUCGGGGAGCAUAAGUCAGCGGAAUUUGUCGUUCCAGUCGAUGGCUUCGAUCGGGUAUUCGAAGGAACCGUAUCGAUUCCCGGAGGAUGUGGAGUUUAAGUUGGUGCACGAUAAGGAGUAUCGACAGAUGUUUUUUAACUUGUUGGAGGAGGGAUUGGCGUUUUGGAUGGUGAAUGUGAUGCACAAACGCGUGUAUGAUGCUGGAAUUUUUGUGUGAUCCUACGUGUUUUUGGACGCAGAAAGAUGACAGAAGGAAGAAGAAGAAGAAGAAGAAUAGAUAGAAUGCUGUGUGUGUUAUAU